AGCGAAAUUAAAGCGGAAAGGGGGUGAAAGUCCAUAUCCAACAACCUGCAGGGCGUUUAGGAAAGCAAGAAACUACAACUCCCGAGAGCCUGCUCGUUUAGUGCGAUGAACAGGAAGAGGAAGAGGAGGCGUGGAUUGUUUUUUCCCGCCCGGGCAUGUUUACAAGUGAUCUACGCCCCUUGGAAAGAAUACUUUGAGGCAUUAAUUCGUGUUAAUUUAAAUGGAGGUGCAGGAAAAAGACGAGGCUUCAGUUUGCUGCCCGGUUUGCUCCUUGGUGCUGCCAGCUACGUCCAUUAAUGCACAUCUGGACAGAUGUUUGCAGCAGAUGAGUGAAUCGGGGUUACAACAACAGCAACCUUGCAACAAGAAAAUGCGCCUCUCUGCAGAGGGCAGCCGGGGAGAAGAGGAACCAAGUAGCGGUUCAUCGCAGCUCUUCUCCCUUUUCCGCAAAGGGCGCCACUCCGGAGUUAAAAUGGAAGAGAAGCCGGAUGGAGGUGUGGAAGAAGCCAAGAUCCCGGCACCUGAGCUGAAAGGAGAAAGCCUGGCCCAGAAGUUGGAAGGGAAGCCCUUGGCGGACAAGCUGCGGCCCAACUCCUUGGAGGAGUACAUGGGGCAGCACCAAGCCUUGGGGGAGAAGACUCUCCUGCGGUCCCUUUUGGAAGCCCACGAAGUGCCCUCCCUGAUCCUUUGGGGGCCCCCGGGCUGCGGCAAGACUACCUUGGCGCACAUCAUUGCAAACAACAGCAAGAAGAAGGGUACACGGUUUGUGACAUUGUCAGCGACAAGUGCCAAAACCAACGAUGUCAGAGAUGUCAUUGCUCAAGCCCAAAAUGAAAAGAGACUCUGCAAGAGGAAAACUAUCCUCUUCAUUGAUGAGAUACACCGUUUCAAUAAAUCUCAACAGGACACGUUCCUCCCACACGUCGAGUGUGGAACUGUGACACUGAUUGGAGCAACCACGGAAAACCCUUCCUUCCAAGUCAAUUCUGCUCUUCUGAGCCGAUGUCGUGUUAUUGUUCUUGAAAAGUUGUCAGUGGAGGCAAUGGAAGCUAUUCUGAUGCGAGCAGUCAAGUCCUUGGGGAUCCAGAUUCUAAGCCAAGAGGAGCCGCGCGCUGGCUCUGUGAAUGGCAGCAACAGCAAGAGCUCUGAGUCAUGUGUGUGCAUUGAGAGAAACGCUAUCAACACACUUGCAUAUCUCUGUGACGGUGAUGCAAGAACUGGAUUAAAUGGACUCCAGAUGGCUGUUCAAGCCAGAUUAACUAAACUCACCCAUCAGAACACUCUUGGUGACUCUUCCAUUCAAGGCUUGGUCAUCACAGAAGAUCAUGUGAAAGAAGGUCUCCAGCGGUCCCAUAUUCUCUAUGAUCGAGCCGGUGAGGAGCAUUACAAUUGCAUCUCUGCGCUCCAUAAAUCUAUGCGAGGCUCUGAUGAAAAUGCUUCUCUUUACUGGCUUGCUCGAAUGCUUGAAGGCGGUGAGGAUCCACUGUAUGUGGCAAGGAGGCUGGUGAGAUUUGCUAGUGAAGAUAUAGGACUGGCAGAUCCCGCUGCACUAACUCAAGCUGUUGCUGCUUAUCAAGGCUGCCAUUUUAUUGGGAUGCCAGAGUGUGAGGUCUUACUAGCUCAGUGUGUUGUCUAUUUCGCCAGAGCACCAAAGUCUAUAGAGGUGUACAAUGCUUACAACAACGUCAAGGCCUGCUUGAGGAACCACCAAGGACCCCUUCCACCAGUUCCUUUGCACUUGAGAAAUGCACCUACCAGGCUCAUGAAGGACCUUGGCUAUGCUAAAGGCUAUAAAUAUAACCCUGCAUAUAAAGAACCUGUGGAGCAGGAAUACCUGCCUAAAGAACUCAAAGGGACCAAUUUUUUUACAUAGUAAUUAUUGGAUUUUUUUCCCUUACUCUGCUGCUCCUGUUUUGGUAUUACUUCUAGAUUUUUUUUUCCAGUUCUGCUUUACAACCACUAUGUAAUCUGAGCUGACAGUACUGAAUUAUGUACUGGGCUCAUAGUGGCACAUACUUCUAUAGACGUGUUAAUUGGCAGGCCUCACCUGGCUUAAAGUGAACUGUUUGCUUUAGAGAGGAAGAUACCCCAGAUCUUUGGGAGAGGAUAUUGCAAAAUGCAUAACAGUUUGUCAGAUCAGUUGAAAUCAUUGAAUUUAAAUGAGCCUAUCCGAGUCAGAUACCUUUAUUAAUUGCAGAAGGGGUACGGUCUAGAUCAAAUUAGGCACUUUCAAUAACUUAGUGCUCUUGGUGCAAUCAGUGGACUUAAAAAUGCCUAAUUUUAAUCUGACCAUAUCCUUUGUUUGCAAUGUUGGCAUAAAUUACUUAAAACUGUGAAAAGGGACUGGGAAAGAAAGAUUGUUAUUUGCACCUUAAAAUAGAAAACAUAUUUGUAUAAUAUUUGUCUGAUAUUUUGAAAUAGUUUAAUUAAAGUUGAUUUCAAAAUGUA